UUUGCUUUCAUUUAGUCCUAAGAUAUUUCAGCAAGCUUGACACCCACUAGCGCCGCUGGUGUAGUGGUAUCAUGCAAGAUUCCCAUUCUUGCGACCCGGGUUCGAUUCCCGGGCGGCGCAGUCUCUUUAACUCUCGCUACGAGAUAACUUGAGUUUAUUAAACCUUUCCUUUUCCGGAAACAUUUACCAUUUUUAAUUUGUAUGAAAAUGUUUAUGUCAUAAUUUACUGUUGAAACAUUCGAAUCUGGAGAGGGAAGACAAAAAAGUUUCAAAAGACAAAAAGCAAGUCCUGAAAUAGUUAAGCCUUACGCCUGCGCAGUCGGAGAAAUUCCUACUGUCGGGUGGUGGGGCGUCUGCGCAACAAGUGAACCUAUGGAUUGAGGAGCCGCUUGGCGGCCGGAAGGUUGAAAGUGCAAGAUUAUUCUGCGCAUGCGCGGUCCGGGUCACUUCGCUGGCUGCUCUUAGGCUCCCGGCUCGCCGCCAUCUUGUAUUGGGGCUUCAUUGUUCGUGCUGGGCCGGGCGGUUUAGUGUAAUUGCCGCCGGAGAAGGAGGCGGGAUAACCUCCGGUCCGCCGAGAAAUCCCGCUAUUCUGCAGCCAGAGCCACUCAAACGUUUUGGGAGGUAGUAAAGGGUAGGGAGCUGGACCCAGAGGCGCCGCCGCGACAGCAGCAGCCAUGGAGGACGAGAUGCCCAAGACUCUAUAUGUCGGUAACCUUUCCAGAGAUGUGACAGAAGCUCUAAUUCUUCAGCUCUUUAGCCAGAUUGGACCUUGUAAAAACUGCAAAAUGAUUAUGGAUACAGCUGGAAAUGAUCCAUAUUGUUUUGUGGAGUUUUAUGAGCAUCGUCAUGCAGCUGCAGCACUGGCUGCUAUGAAUGGGCGGAAGAUAAUGGGUAAGGAAGUCAAAGUGAAUUGGGCAACAACCCCCAGCAGUCAAAAGAAAGAUACAAGCAGUAGUACCGUUGUCAGCACACAGCGUUCACAAGAUCAUUUCCAUGUCUUUGUUGGUGAUCUCAGUCCAGAAAUAACAACUGAAGAUAUAAAAGCUGCAUUUGCGCCAUUUGGAAGAAUAUCAGAUGCCCGGGUGGUAAAAGACAUGGCAACAGGAAAGUCUAAGGGCUAUGGCUUUGUCUCCUUUUUCAACAAAUGGGAUGCGGAAAACGCCAUUCAACAGAUGGGUGGCCAGUGGCUUGGAGGAAGACAAAUCAGAACUAACUGGGCAACCCGAAAGCCUCCAGCUCCAAAGAGUACAUAUGAGUCGAACACCAAACAGCUGUCAUAUGAUGAGGUCGUAAAUCAGUCUAGUCCAAGCAACUGUACUGUAUACUGUGGAGGUGUCACUUCUGGGCUAACAGAACAAUUAAUGCGUCAGACUUUUUCGCCAUUUGGACAAAUAAUGGAAAUUCGAGUCUUUCCAGAUAAAGGAUAUUCAUUUGUUCGAUUCAACUCCCAUGAAAGUGCAGCACAUGCAAUUGUUUCUGUUAAUGGAACUACUAUUGAAGGUCAUGUUGUGAAAUGCUAUUGGGGCAAAGAAACUCUUGAUAUGAUAAAUCCUGUGCAACAGCAGAAUCAAAUUGGAUAUCCACAAGCUUAUGGCCAAUGGGGCCAGUGGUAUGGAAAUGCUCAACAAAUUGGCCAGUAUAUGCCUAAUGGUUGGCAAGUACCUGCAUAUGGAAUGUAUGGCCAGCCAUGGAACCAGCCGGGAUUUAAUCAGACACAGACUUCUCCGCCAUGGAUGGGACCAAAUUAUGGAAUGCAGCCACCUCCAGGACAGAACGGCAGCAUGUUGCCUAGUCAGCCUGCAGGGUAUCGCGUGGCAGGGUAUGAAACCCAGUGAAAAAGGACUCCAGAAUCUAAAGCCAGUGGCUUGAGGCUACAGAGAGUGUAGUAAAGCCGUUGUUUACUUAAAGAUUUAAUCAAAUCAGUCAGUGCAAAUGUCAGAUACAAUGUAUUUAUUUAAAAUGUUCAUUUUUUAAUCAUGAAAUUACUUAACCAUCCAUAUUGUUUUAAAAAGAAACAAGAUGCUGGAUGUCUGCCAAUUUUUGCCUUCAUUACCUUUUUUAAUAAAGUUUCUCAGAUCCUUGUUUCAAACACAAAUGCAGGGAUUGCUGCCACUUUUUAAAAAUUAAGAGGCAGAAAAUUGCACAAUGUUGAACUUUUUUCCACUAAAGUAGUUGCAGUUCUAGUUUGCAUUCCUGAUAUGAUUUAAAACAUGUAAUAUAAAGAUAUAAAAACAAAACAAAACAUGAAAAACCAAAACUGUGCAGAGUUUCGAAGUUCUUUAUAAUCUUCAGCUUGUGCACAAUUCUGUUUUAAGUCUUUUUACAAAGGUUUGUUUGAACUAACCCAUCUCCACUGUUUUCCCUUUGGGGUUUUUUAAUAUAAAUUAUUAGUUUACAUCAUUUUUGUAUCUACAUUUUUUCACAAAUUUGUCUUGCCUUAUUAAAGUUCUGUAUAAUAUACUUAAAUGGAAAAACAAAUGUUCACUGAGAUUGAAAACUUUUCUCAGAUGGAUUGUUAAUUGCAUUCAUCUUGUGUUUUCUAUGAGAAGGUGCCUCAAGAACUCCCUGUUGACUUUGUUUAAAAGAAUUUUUAUCUUCUGUGAUAAAUUUUGCUGUGUACCAGAAAAUAUAAAAACAAAAACCUUGUUACUAAAGAAAAUCUCUGAAAUGUGAUAAGUUCUUAUGAACUGUGCUAAUUUCAUGUGUCAACUCCUACAUUUACAUGUAUUAUUUCAUUAUGUAAAAUGUUUUAGCAGUUUAAUAUUUUGCACAGUUAGCAAACUUUGUAUGUCAUUUCCUUCUUAAAGGUAUCAUGCAGAGUUGACAGGAGAUUUGUAAGGUUUUAAGUUGUUUGCAUGUGAUUAUCAAAUAUACACUUUGGUAGUCUUUGAAUACAAAGUCAUCUGCUCUUGUUUUUCGAGAAUUUUUAGAGUUGUAUGUAAAGGAAUAUAUUAAUUUGCCAUUUCCUAGUUUGUAUUUACUCAAAAAGAGUAAAUCAACUUAAUUUUAAUAUGUACAGAUAAUAGCUGUGAAACUGUAGAAUAUCCUUAUGUCAGGCUUGGGGUUCAUUGUGAACUCCAAAAUUAGCCUGAAGGACCAGCCGGGCAAAGCAUUUUUUAAAUAUUCAGAGGCCAAAAGAUAAACAAAAAAAACCUUUAAAAUCCUACCUCCUUAAACAGCCUUCAAAGAGGAGAAUCCUCAGUGCAAUCAUUAUUUUGAUUCUUUUGGUACCUGUUUUCCUGGAGUUCCCAAUUUUGUUAUAUUUUGGGGUGGCUCCGAGCAUUAAGAGAUUUAAUCUUUGAUAGCAUUGUUCUAGUUUUGAAAUUUCUAGUACAUUUCAGAGUCUCUUAGAAUAGUUUUGUUUUGUUUCGUUUUCAUUGAAAGUCACAAACUCCCUUCCUUGACUCACAAAGGGGAAGGGUCCCCAGUAUACAUAUUUGGAUGGUCAGUUGUUUUUAAGAGCUUCAGAUAGCUCCUAGUACGUUAUUUAGGAACAGAAAAGGCCUGUAUCUCCUAAAGGGGAACAAAUGACUCUAAGCUGGUCUCUAAGCCAAUACUCUUGUAAACCAGAGCCCAGGAAAGACAACUCAUUAGUAUACAAUUCUCUGGAGCUCAAUUCUAUGCAGUUGUACUAAUGUUUCAUUAAGUCACUGUGUAUUUUUAAGUGUUGCUACAUUAAAAGUUGCUUUAUGAAAGAUGAGUAAAUUUUUUAAAUACUUGGAAAUUUUAUUUCCUUGUUAACUUCUACAGAUCAGGGCAUGCAACCAAAAGGAGUGUAAGUGAAAUAACUCAAAAAAUAAAAUAUCAGGAAGCUAUUUUUAAAUUAUUCUGGCUUAUGUUUCUAUUUUAGGACCUUUAUUUUUCACUGUUUCAGAAAUAUUUACUACACAUCUGUGGAGUGCAGGGUAAAUUAUUUGGGCAUAAAUAAGCAAAAGUAUAGUUUUUCUUUUAUUUUGACGAUGUCAAGUAGUAACACUUUUUAUUAGCCAGUAUAUUUUUUUAUUGCACAAAUCUUAAAAUGUACAUUGACUACUUUCUGGAAGAAAAAAAAAGUGGUAUGAUGAAAAGGUUACUACUGAACAAAUUCAUAUUUAGGAACGUUGCUAAUUUUGAUUUAAAUCUUACUCUGAAUGUUAAUCACUUAAAGAUUUUUUUUAGUCUAAACUUACUGGCAUUAGUAUCAGGAAAAGAAAUUAGAAGUUUUAAAAAUGGUUUUAUUCUUUACAAUAUGCAUUCAAAUUUUAUUUUUAAAUACAUCUGGUACUGUAAAGAACCUGAUGUGACUCACAUUUAAUGGGUCAUUAAUCCAGUAUUUUUUGCCCUGUUUGGAUAUUAAAGUUCCUUUAUGUUUUCUAUAACUUGUGGGAUCUUCAGUGAUUAUUGUGUGAUAGACUUUUUUUCUUUUUGGUCUAGCCAUAUUGUUAUAUUCAUUCAGAUAUUUGUUAGAUUUUUAAAAAUCUUAUUCCAGAAACCAUGGUUUGCAUUGUGUUUCUGUUUAAUACAACAAAGAACUGGAAUUGUUUAGAUUCAACUCAUUAUAA